AGCCGGUGCGGGCGGGCGGGCUGCGUGAGCCGCAGUAACUCGCGCCAGGGCUGCGUGGCGACUUGUCGGGGUUUAGCUUAUCACGUCUCUCGACAUGCCGUUGCCUUUUUAGCGGAUUUUACACACACACACGUUUACUUUGGUAGUGUAUUUAUUUUAAGUUUAAUUAUGUAAGGAGGAAAAGUGCUUGAGCUAGCCCCGUGGGGAUAUCGAGCCGUGUUUGUAGUUUUAUCAUUCGACGUGGCUGCCCGUGUACAGUGUGACGAGCUUGGGACGCAUGCGGGUUUACAGCGGGAGCUCUGUGAGGCCAGCGGCCCUCUCUCUCGUGCUCACCACCACCACCACCAGCAGCACCACCACCACAGCAGCAGCACCACCAGCAGCAGCAGCAGGGCGCCUUGCUGCGUGUGAACUUACGGGGUAAGGGGGGAGGCACGACACGGCCCCUCUGGCGGGUGAGCUGCUGCGAGGAGGGGGAGGGAAGCCUCAGCCCAGUGGGGCUUGUCCCAGGGUAGGGGGGGGUGUCGCAGGUCAUGCACUUGGUUGUCCACAAAGGAUUUAGCCACGGUUAGAGUCAGUCCCAUCCCUGGCGAAGUGGACCCUGACUCGGGUGUAGUGAGCCCCACAGCCACUUACAGCGGCGUACAGGGUCGGUUUCAGAUCUAUUGUGUUGUUUAUCGUCAUCCUUGCUCAAGCCGAGCCUCCAGCUGGGUAGUGGGUGCCAGCUCGGGUAGCGUGGGACCUCGGUAGAGUUCCAGCGAGACGACGUUCCCAGGUAGAGUAGCCGAGGUUGUGUGAGUUCCACGCAGAGUGCAGCUCGGGUAGAGUUGGGUUCCCCAUCGCUGUCAGAGUGAAUCUCGUCCCAGCAGGACGGAGUGGUACCCCCCCCUCACCCCUCAGGGCCGUGAUGUUGACGCGUCCACCUCGUCCGUGAGCUCCACCACGAGGCCCCUUCGGGGUGGCGAGGCGGACGGCGGCAGAGAUGAAGGCGACCCGCCAGGGGGGUAAGAAGCUGUCUGCGGACGCCUGUGAGCACGAGUCGUACGAGGACCGGCAGGAGAACGAGCUGGAGGUGCUCACGGCCAUCUACGGCGGCGAGUUGACCGACCUGAGGAAGCAAGACCCAUGGAAGGUGCGCCGCCCGCCACAGGUGUGCAUUUCACUGGCACCCCACGAUAGCGCAGGAGGUGCGUGCUACGUGACGGUGGACCUCACAGUCCGCUGCCCUCCACGCUAUCCGGACGAGCUCCCAGAAAUUGAGCUGAACAAUGCCAAAGGCCUGUCCAAUGAGAGUGUGAAAGAGCUGCAAGCCCAGCUGACAACCCUGGUAUCUGAACUGCGUGGAGAGGUGAUGAUCUUCCAACUGGCCCAUCACGUAAAGAACUUCCUGAUCGACCUCAACGUGCCACCGCCGUGUUCUUUCUACGAGGAAAUGCUGCGCAAUCAAGCAUUGCAGCAACAGAGGCUGGCUCAGGAGCAAGAGACGGCGUUCCGUGAAAAGCUGCAACAGGAGGAGAGUGAGAAACGUGCAAUUGAUCAUGAACUCAUGCGACGAGAGGAAGAGAAGAGAGAGGAGAGGAAGAGGAAGGAAUUGGCUAAGCAGGAGAUGCGCGAGGGAAUGGCGGGCAGCCCCACGAAUGACGGUGGCGUGAGCGGCCAGCCAUCACGGAAACCCACCGUGGGAUCUGGGGAAUGGAGCGAGGGCGAGGGCUCGAGUCGCACGCGGAGCCGCUCUGCGAGCCGCUCCAGCAAGAGGGAGCGUCUCACAUCCCUUUGCAGCAGUGACAACUGCAGCCCAGGAGCGGAGGUGCUCAAGUUCCACACGCAAGGGGAGCGCUCCGUGUACCGCGGAAAGUGCAUCGGUGAGAGCACUCACUUGCGCCGCCAAGUGUUCAACUCGCUAGACAACAGCACGGGCGAGCUGGUGGUCGUGUACGAGUGGGUGCUGCGCUGGCCGGUAGGACACCCCGACCUCCGCACCAGCGAAGACAAGGAGCACAUGGAGAAGUGCCGCAAGCAGGUGCAAGGGGCCAGUGCAGAGUUACAGUCGCUGUUGAAACUGCGGCACGAGGCGCUGGUGCCGUACCUUGCCAUGGAGAGCCAGGAGACGGAGACGGCCCUCAACGUGCGCCUGCUGGCCGAGCACGUGUCCGGCACGAGCCUGGCCGGCCACCUUGCCCGCACUGGCCCCUUGCCGGUGGAGACGGUCCGCCAGUACGCUUCCCAGCUGCUGCACGUGCUCGACUACCUGCACGCCAGCUCGGUGGUGCACCGUGACCUGCGUCUGUCGAGCGUGCUGCUGGACUGCGCGACGGGUCUGCUCCGCGUCGCCGACUACAGCCUGGCGCGCCGGCUCGCCGACGCCUGCGUGGCGAGCGAGCGGCCCAGUCGGCCCGGCGUGCCGCGGGUCCACUUCGUGGAGCCCGAGUGCGGUGCCGGGGCCGGUGCUGCGGCGGCUCGCUCGCAGCCGCCGAAGACCGGGAAGAAGGGCGACGUGUGGCGGCUGGGCGUGCUGCUGGAGCAGCUCGCGAUGGGACGGGAGAGCAACAACGAUUCGCCCGACACGCCACCUGCCGAUCUCCCCGUUGACUUCCGCGAGUUCCUGAGCCGAUGCUUGUGCGUGGACGACAAGGAAAGGUGGAGCACGCAGCAGCUGCUGGAGCAUCCCUUCAUCAAGUCGCCCGUCUCGUGCUCGCCAUCCACGAGGCCACACAGUCCCGAUGAUGACCUGAACUAUGCGGAGGCCCUCAUCCCGUCUCGUGAUAUCCUGGGCAUGUGCUCCCACCUCGACUCGCAGCGCCAGCUCUCCCGCUACUACACCGAGUUCGAGGAGCUCGCCCUCCUCGGCAAGGGGGCCUUCGGGGCCGUCAUCAAGGUGAAGAACAAGCUGGACGGCUGCUACUAUGCCCUCAAGCGCAUCGCCGUGAACCCCACCAGCCGGCAGUUCCGCCGCAUCAAGGGCGAGGUGACCCUGCUUUCCCGCCUCAACCACGAGAACAUCGUCCGCUACUACAACGCCUGGAUCGAGCGCUACGAGCUCUCGCCGUCAGAGUGCGCCGGGCUGAACAGCGGCACCGUCACCACCACCAGCAGCAGCAGUGACAAUAACAACCAUAACCCUGAUGCAGCGGGGAAGGCGGAGGCUGCCAAAGAGACUCCCGACGUGGCUAACGUGCGGGGCAGAGGGCCGUCGAUGCAUCUGAGCCGCCUGUCGGGCAUCGCGGGCCUGGACGAUGUGGAGGCGAACGCGCCCCCUCCCGUGACGGCGUCGACGCGGACGGUGGCGUCGGGCUCGGUGGAGUGGAGCAUGUCGUACGAGCACUCGAUGAGCGCACGCUGCGGCCCCUCCACGACCGGAGACAGCUCCAGCGACUCGAGCGACGAGGACGACGAGGACGACGCCGUCUUCGGACGGUCCUUUGUACCUUCAGGCAGUGAUUCUGACUGCGACGUCGUGUUUGAGAACUCGGGUGAAAAAAACCAGGAAUUUCUUUCACACAUUUUCCUCUCCUCCUCAGAGAGCAGUGGGGAGUCUCAUGAGAGUUCACUGUCUGAUAAAGAGUUGAGCACAAACCGAGCGCCGGUCUGCCAGCCCACACCAACAGUGGUCCACCAUCUCUUCAUACAGAUGGAAUACUGCGAGAGGAGCACUCUACGCGACACCAUAGACAAGGGCCUGCACAUGGAGACGGAUCGCAUGUGGCGUCUUUUCCGUGAAAUCCUGGACGGGCUGGCUUACAUUCAUGAGCAGGGCAUGAUCCACAGAGACCUCAAGCCAGUAAAUAUCUUCCUGGAUUCUUCAGACAGCGUGAAGAUUGGAGACUUUGGUUUGGCUACAGAUCACCGGCUCGUUGCAACCGAAUCAAGCAAGAUAGAUGUUUCAACUACAAAUAUAGAACUUCCCACGGAGAAUAUGGAUGUAACAGGUGGGCUCACGGGGCAGAUUGGCACGGCACUUUACGUGAGUCCGGAGGUUUUGGGGAACAUCAAAGCGGUCUACAAUCAGAAAGUAGAUCUGUACAGCCUGGGCAUCAUCUUCUUUGAGAUGACCUACCAUCCAAUGACGACGGGAUCAGAGAGGGUGGCUGUUCUGCAGAAGCUACGCCUGCCGACCAUACAGUUCCCUGAAGAUUUUCAUCCGCAAACACUAAAGCAGCAGGCGUUCAUCAUCCGCUGGCUGCUGAACCACGACGCGGGCCAGCGCCCCACGGCGCAGGAGCUGCUCAAGAGCGAGCAGCUCCCCCCGCCACAGCUCGAGGAGUCGGAGCUGCACGAGGUGCUCCGGCACACGCUCGCGAACCCUGACGGCAAGGCCUACCGCUCGCUCGUCGGGGAGCUUUUCUCCCAGCGCGUGGCGCUACCGGCGGACUUCACCUACGACAUCGACGUGCACAAGGGGAAUUUUUCUGCCACUUCCAGCAUGGUGCAAAGCUACGUUUACCAAACUGUCUGCAAAGUCUUUGAGAGGCACGGUGCGGUGAAGCUGCACAUGCCACUGCUCAUGCCCAAGAAUCGGCACCUUUACGAGAACAACGAGGCAGCGACAUUCAUGGACCACAGCGGCUUCCUCGUGCUGCUUCCGCAUGACCUGCGGGUUCCCUUUGCACGGUUUGUGGCAAGAAACAAUGUCACCAACCUCAAAAGGUACUGCGUGGAGCGUGUGUUCCGGCCCAGGAAGCUGCACCGCGCGCACCCACGCGAGCUCGUCGAGUGCGCGUUCGACAUCGUCACGUCCGCCGGUGGCUGCCUCCCGGACGCCGAGAUCAUUUACACCACGUCCGAGAUCAUACAGGAGUUCCCGGCUCUGCAGGAUCGCAACUACUGCGUGCAUCUGAACCACACAGCCCUCAUAAAGGCCAUCCUUAUCCACUGCGGCAUUCCAGAAGACAAGCACCACCAGGUUUACGGCAUUCUCUGUGACACCAUGAAUGAGAAACGAACAAAGCAGCAGAUAAUGGCAAGUCUGUGUAGCCUGGGCCUGCAUCCCGACACCGUCACGCUGCUGUUCCACUUUGUGGAGCGGCGCGGGAAUACGAUGGACGUCUUGGCGGCACUCAGGCCGCUCGCGGGCAAACACUCCAAGACGGUGGGGCUGGUCAAGCAGGGGCUGAGCUACCUGGAGGAGGUCAUGAAGCACCUGGAGUACAUGUGCAUUCGGCAUCAGGUUGUGAUAAGCCUCGGACUCGUCUACAAAGUGCAGCUUCACAGCGGACUCAUCUUUCAAUUCACCAGCUUCAUCCGCCGCAAAAACAAAACCGUGCUGGACAUCCUGGCCGCUGGGGGGCGCUACGAUAACCUGAUUUCAAUGUUUCGAGCACCGCAGUCAUCGGGGCCUGUUCCCUCUGCGGUUGGGGUGAGCCUGGCGCUCGACAAGAUCACUUCAGCCAUCCUAAGCAAGGAGGAGCCGCCGCGCUUCAACCUGUGCGACGUUCUGGUUGGCGCUGUCGGGGACGCGAUGCGUCCACGGGCGUGCUCCUUGGUCAAGGACAUGUGGGCCGCUGGCCUCCGUGCCGGGGUGCACUACGACGUGGCGCAGUCGCAGGUGGACCUACACGAUUACUGCAGGCAAGCAGACAUCCCUUUCCUGGUGCUGCUGGAGUCUGGGACUGUGCGAGUGAAGGCCGUAGAUAAGGAAUGGCAGUCGGAGAAAAAGGUUGUCGACUUUGAAGUUAUCAGCUUCCUUCAGCAGAAUUUGAAAAGUCGUGCUGCAGAAGAAAGGAAUUGCAGAGAUACAUCAGAAGGAGUCAUUGUUACAACUCAAAAGGGACCAACUUUUAACAGCACAGGUGCCAGUGAAACGUUUGGAAGUGUAACGGUGCCUAACAUUAACUUCGUCACAACUGAAAAGCUGCCCUACAAUACCAAGAAAAGAUAUGAGGCACAGAUUAUUUCUCGGAUUCACACAGUCGUAAGCAACAUGUUUCAUAAACACUUGGAUGUUGAAGUGAUUGCGGUGGAUCUACCAGGAAACAUGAUGAAGAAUUUUGCCCAUUUGGAGUGUGAGGAUGAAGAGUCCUUUGAAGAGAGCAGAAAGGAAUUAAUCGUCAAAUUGCCAAAGCAGCGAAAGUAUUUGGAGGAUAUCUGCGAUCAAAUCCAUGAGCUGAAGAUAGAAAAACGGGUGCCCAUAGUGAUUGUUUACAGCUACAGGGAUGACGUUCACCGCUUCAUCUUCUGAGCAGCGCACAGCUGCACACGUCUGCCUACCCACCGUUGCCAUUCACUGCGCCUCCAGCAGUAUUACUUGAACGCAGGCGGUGGGGAAAUCCAAGAGAUGGGGAGAGGCAGCCAGGAGAGGAAGGGCACACAUUGGCAUGGGACGACCGUGUAUUUCAUAUGAAGUGCGUUAAUGCAAAGAGCCCCUUAAGCUGCACGGAAAUGUCACAUUACAGAUACUGAGCCGAUCAUUCAUGCAACAAAAACAUGAGUUUUUCAAUAAAAUGUUAUGAAGAUAAUCGUGCUUUGUACUGAUGCUUUUCAAGUAUACAUAAAUGUACGUAAUUUCAUGUUUUGUUACUUUAGUGAAAAACUUGUAUUCAAUGCUUGUUAGAUUAGGGGAAUAGGAUACUGUUAGUCAUCAGCCUUAUUCAGAGAAAAAUCAAUUAUGCAUUUAGAGAGGACUUUAAUUGAAUUCAUGUACAUUAUAAAGGUGUUCACAUUUGCCUAAUAAGAGUGAUUAUAAAAGUGUUAGAUUUGAGAGUUUAUAGGAUGAAAGAAUACUGUACAAGACUGAUAAUGUUGACGAUGUGUGAGUGCACUUUAGUCGUGUGUAAGUACGCUCGUCAUGCCUAUCUCAGUAAUGUGUAAGUCUACAAUGUCAGCUUUAAACGCUGUUUUCCCUCACUUGCUGUGAAGUACCAGGAGUGUAACGAUCCAUCGAUUAAUAUCGAUUAUUAUCGAUUCUUAGCUUCUUAUGCCAUGCAUAGAAGUACCUUUGUUUUGAUGCAUCAAUAAUAAUUAUCUUUUGAUUCACGUGCUUGUGUAUCAUAGAUAAUGUGACUUGAGCCACAAGGAUGCUGCCACGUUCACCAAUUUGUAAGGAAAAAAGGGGUUCUUGGACGGAGUCUUGGAACGUGGUUCAAUUAAUGUUGAAUAGUUGCAGCCUUCGCUCAUACGAAGACUUCUGCUUUAUAUCUAAAGUUCUUGCAAAAAAACAAUUGCUGUGCAGCUGAAUGUACAUUGACAGUUUGAAUACUGCAGAGAGAUCAUUGUAUAUUUUUUGUAAUGGCUUAUUCGUGUAAUGUUGGACAAUGUGACAUUCUAGCCAGGGUCCAGUCUCUCUGGUUAUGAUUGUGAAACCAAAAACGGCAAGCUCGGCAGUUUCAAUAAACUUGAAUUACGUUUUUUUA